GAACCGAGGUCACACAAAAAACAAUGGCGCCAGUAAGGAAAAGUGGAAAACGUGCACCUUGGAAGCAAUAUUUUAAGGGAUUGACAGUACAAGAUUUGUUGAAUAUCACCAAGGAUGUAUUAUUUGAACCAAAGCUCGCAUGGAUUCUUGCAUGCUGCCUUUUAUUUGCCGAGAUCUUCGUGAAUAUUAUUGUAAUAAGAAAUGUAAAAUAUACAGAGAUUGAUUGGGAAGCCUACAUGGAAGAGGUUGAAGGUUUUUUGAAUGGAACAUAUGACUAUUACCAAUUAAAAGGAUCAACUGGUCCCUUAGUGUAUCCUGCUGGUUUUGUCUACAUCUUCAGUGGAUUCUAUUUCCUAACUUCACAUGGCUUGAAUAUAAGACUUGCUCAAUACGUGUUUGCAGUGCUAUACAUAGCAUUUCUGGUUGCUGUUUUCUAUUUGUAUCACAGAAGCAAAACAGUUCCACCUUAUGCCUUCUUUUUCUUAUGCUGUGCAUCCUAUCGUAUCCAUUCAAUUUUCAUCCUGAGACUCUUCAAUGAUCCAGUUGCAAUGUUUCUGUUCUAUGUUUCACUUUGCUGCAUGUUUAAGGAACACUGGAAUGUUGGCUGCAUUUUGUACAGUUUGGCUGUAAGUGUUAAAAUGAACAUUCUCCUGUUUGCUCCUGGCUUGCUUUUGGUGCUUCUCAACACAUUUGGUCUGCCUCAGGCAGUCCUCAAAAUUUCACUAUGUGCCCUUGUGCAGAUUCUUCUUGGUCUACCGUUUUUGCUUACAAAUCCUGUUGCUUACGUUGCCCGCUCAUUCGACCUUGGAAGACAGUUCUUCUUCACGUGGACAGUCAACUGGAGAUUUUUACCUGAAUGGCUUUUUCUGAACAGAUACUUUCAUUUUGCACUUCUCCUGCUGCACAUCAUAACUCUGAUAACAUUUUGGAUUAAGAAGUGGCCGAGACCGGCUAGUGGUUGGUCUUCAUUGUUAACAAGAGACUUUGUAGGAACGAAGCUGGACGCGACAAGUAUGUUAGAGAUUCUAUUUGCUUCCAACUUUAUUGGGAUGUGCUUUUCAAGGUCCCUUCAUUACCAAUUCUAUGUGUGGUAUUUCCAUACUUUGCCAUUUUUACUAUGGAGGACAGAUUUGAUCACACCAGUCAAAAUACUUAUCUUGGGUCUUCUUGAAUUAUGCUGGAACACCUAUCCGUCGACAAGCGCCAGUUCCUUGACGAUCCAUGCCUGCCAUCUCAUUAUUAUCAUCGGUCUCUAUGUGUCGAAGCAAAAGCAGAAGAAAACAUAAUUCUGACAGCAUUGGCCGUAUAUUCCGAAUACAUUCCGAAGAUCAAAAUUGUGACUUGCCAAGUCCUCUUUGUUUUAGAGGACCUAGCAAUAAUUUUGGAAAGCUUUUUAUGCCGUUAAGAUUAAAUAUACUUCUCAAUAAAAUUUUUCUCAAUAAAAAUUGUAUAAUCCUGGAAAUUAUUCUAUUUACCGACUUCUGUCAGUAUAUCUAGCCCGAGAGUAUAAGAAUUUGUUAUGAUUUAAAAUUAUAUUUAAAUCUGUGCGCAAGUCAUGCUUUUACACUCUCAGGUACCAUUCUGC